GUGAUACAAAGAGCAACCAUAAAACAAUGUCAUGCGAAAACUUAGUGGUAAAACGGAAUGGUGCACAAGUACAGGUAACAAAUGCAGUAUUUAAAACGAAAACAACAACAAUACAAUUGCAACAACAACAACACAACCGAAAUUCGGCGGAAAUAUUCGCAAAAAUGCAAAAAUUCUACAUUUUAGCAUUUGUAAUAGCGCCAGUGUUGUUGGUGUUUGCUGACGCAAAUGGUUUCGCCGAAUCAGGACAACAGCAAGCGACUGGCGCAACGACAACUACCAAGGACGACGAUAGUGGCUGCGACAGCAGAAGCUGUGGCGCGGGCGACCAAGGCAGCGAGUCAAAGCUACCACAACAGCGACAAGCAGCAGCUAUAACCGUGACAUUAGCAUCCUCAAAUGCGCCUGCAACAUUAACGGCAACAAACGAUGCGGACGAACGGGUUUUGAGCACCGCAAUACCAAAAACACCAGCAGGAGUUGCAGUGGUGACGCUAGCAGCAAUGCAUGAGCAAGCAAAGCGACAAGAAGAAGAACAACAACAUAAAGCUACACAAACGCAAAAGGAUAAGGAAACGCAGCAAAAAAGGAGGGGUUUCCUGUUUAGCGAAAAUAAUGGUGGGCAGGAAGAGCCAGCUAAAGCAACAGCAACAUCAAUGCCAACCAAAAUUAAUGCAGCAGCAAUGGAGCAUGCGGCCACACUGCCGCGAACGCACGCACAUCACAGCAACUACUAUUUGAAAGUAAAUCACAUGCGGAUACACUUCCGUCAGGCGAAAGUGCUGCGGCUAGUGGCGCAGGAAGCAGGAGAGUUCGUGCCGCAGCAGGACGGAAAUGAGGCAGAAACACAAAUCAUCAAAAUUGUAAACGAACAGAGCACAAAAAGCUCGAACGAGCGGGUGGAAGUGCAUGCAGAUGAGCGGGGCGUGAGGCGUGCCAAGGGGGAGGAGAAACAUGUAACAGAAACUAAUGUUGCUGAUGGUGGGCGUGGAGUUCGGAGGGAAAUCGAUCAGCAAGCAGGCGGAAUUAUUGACGACAGUAGGAGGGAGGAAAUUACACAAAACCAAAUGGAAAUAAAGCAAAAUGUGAAGCAGUUCGAGUGAAUAAACCACACGAUGAAGCACAAAAAGCUGGUUGGCCACCAGAAGGGGAGGCGAGCUCAAAUCGACAGGAGGAAGAGCUUUACGAGCCCGGCACAACAGAAGCAAUUGUCACAAAGUCGACAAACUACACAGCAAACAAGCAGCGAGCAUGCGGCGGACGCACAACAAGCCAUGAAUGGCAUGAAUACCGAGCAGCAGAAGCUAAAGAAUGGCCUAUACCGCAUUAAAUUGGCUGAAAUUGUAACUGACGAGUACAAUGGACGUAGUGCGGAGGAGCAGCAGCAAAGUGGUGAGGCAGCGGGCGCGGACAAUGGAGAUGCAGAAAUAACAGCCACUGAUAUAAUACCAAACAUGCAAGUGGAAGGUAUGCGCGACAGAGGAGAGCGCGGAAAAGCAGUCAACAUUGGAGAACAUAAUAGCGAACAGCAGAGGAGUGAACAGAAGUCUGCACAACAACAAAAACAACAACAGCAACGAAUCCAAUUACGCCGCGAGCAGCAAGCGAACGAUGGCAUGGAAAACCGGCAGGUGCAGCAGGACAAUGAACACACCGCAACCAGCUGGAGGAUAGGCUGGGUAGAAGAAGCAACAAUGGCAGUCGAAAGCAUGAGCAACAAGCAGAUAAAUAACAACAAAGAACAAGAAGAGCAACAGCAGCAGAGUGACCACACCAAGUACACACCGCCGGCAUUCACGGUGGGUGGUCCAUUGCAAGCGCCACAUGCUACACCACCCGCGCUCAAUAUAGUUGAUCUAUAUCCGAUGAAAAUGGAGGAUUUCAAUCCAAUUAUACGUGACUCCAAUGCGAUAUUAUUAAAAGAGCGCACAGUGUAUAAAGCUGUGAAGAAGAGCGACGACGACGACGACGAAACAAAGUGGUAUAUUUACCAGCGGAUGGUGGGAAAAUCACCCACGCGACAGCAACAGAAUUUAUUGCCAAAUGAAGUGGAUACAGUCGACAACAUAGUACAGCGUUACGAUAACAUCAAUAAUCUGGCCGCGCAUCGGAGCGUCAAUCGUAGGCCAAUCAUGUUGACAAAAAGCGCAGAGGAGAAAAGUGUAGAGGGAGCAGUGGCAGCGACAGCGACAGCGCCACCGAGGCAGCCAGAUGAUAUUACUGAUUUCACCGGAAAAGUGCUGGCCGAACAGGAUGGUGUCAUUACGGAAAUCGAGCAAAAGUUUCGCUUGAAUGAGUUUGCGCCGGCGGCGGUGGCUGUGACGGGGCACGGGCCGGCGACGGGAGCUGGAACAGCAACGGCAAUUGAAGGCACUCAAAACGACGACAAAAAGGGUAGCAGCAGCAACUCGCAACGUUUGCCGCCGCAACACGACUUCAUUGAGCGGCGCGUGAAGAAAAGUUUUGACUUUCCUAUGCAUCGCGCAGCCAGCGCUAGCGCCAGUGAUACACUCACAAUGCCACAUGUCGAUUUUGCCAAUACAAAGUUCAAUACAGGUGGCGGCGGCGGUGGUGGCGGUGCUACACAAGCACAAGGCGAAGCCGCCACAAAUAGUGGCACUGAGAGUGGUGGCGGUGGCGCAAUGCGUGCUGCACUUGGCACGCAUCCGGAAUUCUCGACAACAAAAUUCUAUAACAGCAAAGAGCUCUACAACGAAAUGAUGCAACACAAUCGCAAGCGACUGAAGGCGAAAGCCAAGAUGGAGCAGGCAAUGGCAGGCGCAGCAGGAACGCCACGCGCGGGCAUGGAGACGGCGGCAAGCAGAUUUGCACUGCACCAAAACGCAAAGUUGGAAACUUUACAGCAUGCGCAAGUCGCAGAACCGAGCAAACCAAUUAUGGAUGAAGUAGUGAACAUGAAUUCGAAGCGUGGCGAUGCUAGAGGCGGUAGUGAUGGCACAAGCGAGGAUAAGGAAGGCGAUGCAAGUGAAGCAACAAAAAGUGACGUCAAACAGACAGCACAAAGCGAGGAAAAGGCGGAGCUAGGGCAACCACAGCGUCACCGUGUACAGCAGCCAAUGCAGCUGUUUGAUGCAGCAGCAAUUACCGCCAGUACAGAGCGCUUCCCAUCACUACAAUCCGACGGCGACAAGCCAACUAAGAAGUACCAAAAAGAAUUGCAACGCGCUAAAUUGCUGCUCAAGUCGAUGCUGUUGCCGUCGACAAACGUCAAUGGCACAAAGGGGGCGAACAAGUCGAUCACAAAUAUGCUGACAGCAGCCACAUCACCACCAUCACCAUCACCACCACAAGCUAGCGCAAGUAGAACGACAACAAACAACCGAAAUGGCAGUCAAUUCAACUUGCAUGCGCCAUCAUCCAGUAGUCAAGUAAAUGGCAGCGCGACAGCAAAGAAGCUUAGCGCGCUUGACAUCACUGCUGCGGGCAAAGUUGAUUUGGUUGCAAGUGGCAAAACUUUUGACAUUACGUCGCAACGUCGUAAAAGCAAUGUUGUCGUCACGUACACACACACAACCACGCCCACACCCACACCAACAGCCGCCGCUUUGAGCGCAGCUGUUGGCAAUAUUGACAGCACCAUUGACAGCAGCAGCAGCAGUAGCAGCAGCACAAUUACGGAAGAGCAAGUGAGGCCAACUCAAGCAAAACGGGUUAAUUUCGCUGGUGCUGGCAUUGUGCAUGUAAAGCGUGCUAAACUGACACCUACAACAGCAACAACAACAACAACAACUAAAAUACCANCUACUGAAAUGUAUUAUGACAUUAAAACCAAAAAGAAUUAA